AUGUCUAACGACGACUCGUUCGUCGGGCGUAUUCUCGACAUAGCAGACGUUCAAUCCUCCUCACCAUCACCACCACCACAACAGCCUCCGGCUCGCGUUGGUCGCUUGCCUUCUCAACGCGGCCGCAAUAUCUACGAUGUACCGGAUUCCGAUCCAGAGGACGAGGAUGAGGACGAGGAUGAAGAUAAUGCUGCUACUGCUGCUGCUGGUACUACUGCUACUACGGCAUUCGUGCCACAGCCAGCUCGGAUAGGUCGGCCUCGUAGCACUCGUGCCGCAUACUAUCGUCCUGUCGUCGCUGGAAGGUAUUAUCGCGUUUUAACGCAGCACGACUUUGAUAGGCUUCGCGAAGCUAAGAAGCGCCGGUACUUACACGUAGAUCGUAUUGAGGAGGUUGCUAGGGAGGCUGAGGUUAUGACCUUACUAUGUCGCCGCUGCCUUAGUGAUUUGCGAGGUAGGCAUCCGUGCCGUAAAUACACCCGCAUUGCAGCAUAG